GCGCUGAAGCUGAAAACUAUUGUACGGGGAGAUGCUCCUACAAGCCUGGCCACCACGGGGCUGUGCCGGAGGGAGCCCUGGGAGUCUCAGAGCUUCUGUAGUAACUUCUCCUAUGAAGUGGUUGGAGCAGAUUCCUGGGGUCCGUCUCUUCUUGUCUCCACUGACAGCGGAGUGCUGCUGAUAGACGAUGGUCGGCCAGCCAUUCCAGUAUUUGACAAAUCGCUGCAGAUCAAACAGAUGCACGUGCUGGAGACUCUGGAUCUGCUGCUCACGAGAGCUGAUAAAGGGAAGGACGCUCGUCUCUAUGUCUUCCGGUUGAGCGCCAUCAGGAAGGAUCUGGAAGACAACCAAGCCCCAAGGAACAAAUAUGAAUGCAGGGAGAAUAAACUGGAGAAAACAAAAGGAUGCCACCUUUAUGCCAUCAACACACAUCACAGUCAGGAGCUGCGGGUGGUGGUGGCCAUCAGGAACAAACUGCUGCUCAUCACAAGGAAAGCCAGCACAGCCGGCAGUGCGCCCGGAUCCUCACCAGGAGAAGCCUUUCAGUACAUCAGGGAGAUCUGUCUGUCCGACCCCCCGCUGGUGAUGACUCUUGUGGAUGGGCCGACCGGAGAGAACGAUAACACCAUCUGUGUGGCUUAUCGACACCAGUUUGAUUUGGUGAAUGAGAGCACCGGAGAGUCGUGUCGGCUGCAUCACGUUGAUGCGAGUAGGGUUCAUUUUGUUGCAGCAAUUGAUGUUUAUGAAGAUGGAGAAGCCGGAUUACUGCUGUGCUAUAACUAUACGUGCUCCUAUAAGAAGGUCAGUCCAUUCAAUGGCGGCUCCCCCCUCAUCCAGCCAUCAGCAUCCGACUUCCACUUCAGCUGGAAUCAAGUUCCGAACGCUGUAGUCUGCGCCUUCCCCUAUAUUCUGGCGUUUACCACCGACUCUAUAGAAAUCCGUCUCGUUGUCAAUGGCAAUUUGGUGCAUACGGCGGUGGUACCAGAACUGCAGCUCGUGGCAUCGCGGUCAGACAUUUAUUUCAAAGCCUCAACCACCAAGGGCUCCUCCUCCAACAGCAGCUCCAAGGACACCAGCAGCCACAGCUCCCCGCAGACUCCAACAGGCUACGACCUGCCGACAUUUCCCAGCACCCCUGAAGAAGGUGAAGUGCAGUGCAGAAACAUUUACAAGAUUCCUGUAUGUAACCUCGUGGGCCGCAGCAUUGAACGACCUCUGAAGUCGCCCCUGGUCCCCAAGGUGAUCAGCGCCCCCACAUCUGGAGUCAUCACCUGCAUCCCUGUCACUCAUUCCUUAUCACUGUCUCGAAUGGAGAUCAAGGAGAUUGCGAGUCGGACGAGGAAAGAGCUUCUGGGUCUUUCUGGAGAAACUGUAUCUAAAUCUGAAGGAGCUCAGCGGCAGAAGCAGCUUAUCCGAAAACAAGGAGAAGAGGAGACCAAGCAAGAUGCCGUGAGAUCAACUAGUACCGACCGGAUAAAUUCAGAAUCCUUCGAAAGUUCUGAGGGUCAGCGACAUUGUUCCACCAGCUCCGACCCAGAAUCUACCGUCAGCGUGGAGGAGAGCCCCCCGUGUAGCCUCCUUUAUCCCACCACGUCCUUGGAUGAAGACAUUGUUGACUUAAAGUGAAGACAAUCUACCACGUGUUCCUUUUCCUCUGUGCUCACAAUGUCUGGAUGCCACGGGAACUGUCGUAACACGGCCGCUUGUGACCGCUCCCAGAGGUCAUGUGAUCCGUGCAGAGGCUGAUGGAUUCUCACCUCAAUCACCCCAUGUGAUGGACACAAGUCUCCUCCAAGCAUCCAGGGGUCAAUAUAAUAGAACCCCCAGUAUUCCUGUAGUGCCAUCUGCUUCAUCACAUUACUGUAGCUGGGUCAUGUGACCACCAGAAAUGUAGUGCUUGAUGUGUCACAAGCAGUGGUCUCUCCUGGGUCACCUGACUUGAGUACCUACCCCAUCCCCCCCUCCCCAUUCAUCUUUUUGCUCCUUUUCCUCUGAUGACGAUCUUAUAUCUGCUCUAAGGAGGAGACGUCCAUUCCAUCAUAUCAUCCUGCAGACAGCGAGGGGAAAGAAGAGACAUCUCACUUAGGUGCAGUGAUCAGACUCCACCCCUCAUCAAGGGGUAGGCCACGUAGGACAUCAUACAGACAUAUCACAAAUUAGUAUCUGAGUGUUCAGAGCGAUCACUAAGCGCGGUCUUCUCAGUCAUGUGACACAAAGCGGGGAGAGCCAGGUCACGCGCUUCUCCCUGAUCAUUCUAGUGAUCACUACUGAUCCUGACUAAAUAAAAAGCCCAGUAUUCAACUGGGAGAUGUGAGCUGUGAUGGCAGCAGAAGAGUGAGUGCAGCUCUGGAGUAUAUACAGCCAGUGAAAUAAGUAUUGAACACGUCACUAUUUUCUAAAUAUAUUUCCAGCUGAUAUUGACCAGAAAUUUUCCCCAGAUGUCUGAAUUUCUUUGGUUGUUACCAACAUGUAUACAAUCCAUACUAUACAUAAUAUAUAUAUACACAUACAUACAAUCAAUCCAUACUAUACAUAAU